GAUAAGGAAGACUGGAGGCAGUCGCCAUAUUGUUUGAUUUCGCAGAUUCAUUGGAGCAGAAAGCCAAGACUGUGAUUAAACGAGUUUAUAUGAAACGAUAACACAGCUAACCGUCAGAUAAAAUUUGCAUGAGAUAGUUAAUGACAGUGCUACACUGGUAAGCCCCUAUCGCCUUGUGUCAGUCGGUUUAAAUCUGUACUGAAAAUGGGCCGCUCGCGGAGUCGCAGCACGUCUCGGUCCAAACACUCCAAACACAGUCGCAAACGGAGCCGCUCAAGAUCCAAAUCUAGCAAGAAAAGAAGCAGAUCGAAGGAGCUGAAGAGGAGCAGACGGUCCCGCUCCAGAUCCGGUAGCAGGAGGGACAGGUGCGGCUCACCACCCAACCGGACUGACAUGUUCGGCCGGACACUGAGCAAGAGAAAGCUCGAUGAGAAACAGAAGAGAGAAGAGGAGGAAAAGAGAGCAGAGAUAGAGAGACAGUGCAAGAUCCGUCAGCAGGAGAUCGAGGAGCGUCUGAUUGCGGAGGAGACGGCACGGCGUGUGGAGGAGAUGGUGGCUCGGCGCGUGGAGGAGGAGCUUGAGAAACGGCGCGAUGAAAUCGAGCGAGAGGUCCUGCGCCGGGUGGAGGAGGCCAAGCGCAUCAUGGAGGCACAGCUUUUGCAGGAGCUAGAGAGGCAGAGGCAGGCUGAACUGAACACGAAGAGAGCCAGAGAGGAGGAAGAAAAAUCCAAACGAGAGGAACUGGAGCGAAUUUUGGAAGAAAACAACCGAAAAAUUGCUGAUGCGCAGGCUAAGCUGGCUGAGGAUCAGCUACGUAUAGUGGAAGAACAAAGGAAGAUCCACGAAGAACGACUGAAAUUGGAGCAGGAGAGGCAGAAACAACAGAAAGAGGAGCAGAAGAUCAUAUUGGGGAAGGGCAAGUCCCGACCUCGCCUCUCCUUCACUCUCAAAGCUGCAGAGUGAUUUCUCUUCCUCUCCUCUUGUUGGACGCGUGCUUCAUGUUGAAGUGAAUCGGUUAGAGUCUCAAGAAGAGGUCUGCCCGGUGUGCUUUUGUCCAUAAAAACUGCUGUCAGUAGAUCCAGAUAGAAAGACCCCUUGAACCCUCACACUUCAAAACUGGACUUACUGGCACCACCACAGAUUUACAGAUCAGCUGCCAUCUCUUACUUUCUACCAAUGAAUUAUAUAGAUAUUUGACAAUGUUAUGCUGGGUGCACCUCCAUCAGAAACACAGGGCAUUUUGUUCUUUUUUUUUUUCUUCUUUUUUUUUCUUUUCAAUGAGCAAAUAAGGAAAAGUGUAAAUAAUUCUGAAUAUGAGUGUGUGGUCAAUUGGUCAUUUUAUGUCCAAGAUUUGGGAGCUCUAUUGAAACCAAAUUUAAAAUAAACUUGUAAUAAACUUUAAACACUUUUUUUCCUGUUCAUAAUAUCAAGCUGUUGUAUUAUUGUGGGAACUACAGAGAUGAUGUUUAAAACAAUGUAAAUAACCAGACUAGACCAGACCAGACUGUUUAAAAUGUUGUGCUUGCACAUUUUUGUUUGUGAAUAUAUAUGCUCCUAGUGAAGGUAUUUUUAUUUUAUUUUUUUUAAUUGCGGUAUGAUCCAACACCUCUCAACAUUGAAGAGCUCCUAAACUGCUGCUUUACACAUUGUUCCUAUAAUCACCAAUGAUAUGAGCUGCAUUUAUUGCAUUGUAAUGUUGAUUACAUUUGUCCUUUUUGAUACAGAUCACUCAUAAUGCUCAAAACGUAGAAAGGAAUAUGUGACCAGCACUUGUAUAGCAUUUUGUAUACAAACAUUUUCAGUGGAGUGGAAAAAAAAUCUGGAGGUAAAAAUGUGCAAGUCUUGUAAUGUCUAGUGCUCUGUUGGUACCUUAAGGAAAUCGGGAAUCACAGGUAAGACUAGUUAGGGUGUGUAUGGAAGCGAGCUUGUGUGGAUGUAUGAGAGUAUGCUAGAGGGUGUUAUUGUCUUGUGGUAUAUUACUCAUUUUAUUGUGAUCUGGGACAUUUAGUGUGUUUACCAAUAAAUCCAAUGAAUGCAACAUUA